CCCCUCCUUUCUCCUCCCCCCCAUCCCUACUCCAUCACUACUCCAUCUCUCCCUCUUUCCCUCUAGCGUCUCUAUGGGGCAUCCUAACCCCUGUCUUUCAUAGAAGUCGACUUUGCCCAUUCUUUUCACCUUUAAGGGGUGGGGUGAGGGGCACCUUCCACUUUAAGAGCGCUCCAACAACAGGCCUGAUAAGCCAAGGGGAGCCAACACUACUUCCCAGCCUCUCCAAGAGUCUUUAGUUGAAGGCUGAUGAACGCUGGGUACUAGCAAACCCGAGGGCGAGGAGAGCUAGGGAGGAGGGACUCUCUUGGGGUGCGGUGGGGGAGGGAGAAAGAGAGACGAAAGAGGAAGAGAGAGCAAGAGGGACAGCCACUGCUGUGUGAGUUAGAUAAUCAGCAAAAAUUAAAAAGAAAAAAAAAAAAAACUGUAGCGACUAGGCAGGAGGGUUUAAAAAAAAAAAAGGCAACACGAUUGUAGAUUGUAUGUGAGCAUCUCCGCUCUCGCUCUGCGGGCACCCGAGAAUCGCGAUGCAGCAUCCUCUGACGGGGGCCACCUGCGUGGCACUCCCCAACGUGGGCAUGUGUCCCCAGCUCUCGUGUGCCUUGACUUUUAUGUACUUACAGCAGGGUAAUCAGGAAGCAGCGGCCGCCCCUGACACAAUGGCUCAGCCUUAUGCCUCAGCCCAGUUCGCUCCACCUCAAAAUGGCAUCCCCGCAGAAUACACGGCCCCUCAUCCCCAUCCCGCACCAGAGUAUACCGGCCAGACCACCGUCCCAGACCACACAUUAAACCUGUAUCCUCCUACACAGACGCACUCCGAGCAGAGCGCUGAUACAAGUGCGCAGACCGUCUCCGGCACCGCCACACAGACAGAUGAUGCAGCACCUACUGAUGGCCAGCCCCAGACACAACCUUCUGAAAACACAGAAAACAAGUCCCAGCCUAAGCGACUGCAUGUGUCCAACAUCCCCUUCCGGUUCCGGGAUCCAGACCUCCGACAAAUGUUUGGUCAAUUUGGUAAAAUAUUAGAUGUUGAAAUUAUUUUUAAUGAGCGAGGCUCAAAGGGAUUUGGUUUCGUAACUUUCGAAAAUAGUGCGGAUGCGGACAGGGCGAGGGAGAAAUUGCACGGUACCGUGGUAGAGGGCCGUAAAAUCGAGGUUAAUAAUGCAACAGCACGUGUAAUGACUAAUAAAAAGACUGUCAACCCUUACACCAAUGGCUGGAAAUUAAAUCCAGUUGUGGGCGCCGUCUACAGCCCCGACUUCUAUGCAGGCACGGUGCUGUUGUGCCAGGCCAACCAGGAGGGAUCUUCCAUGUACAGUGGCCCCAGUUCACUUGUAUAUACUUCCGCAAUGCCUGGCUUCCCAUAUCCAGCUGCCACUGCUGCAGCCGCUUACCGAGGGGCCCACCUGCGAGGCCGUGGCCGCACCGUGUACAACACCUUCAGGGCUGCAGCGCCCCCACCCCCAAUCCCGGCCUAUGGCGGUGUUGUUUACCAGGAUGGAUUUUAUGGUGCAGACAUUUAUGGUGGUUAUGCUGCAUACCGCUACGCCCAGCCCACCCCUGCCACUGCCGCUGCCUACAGUGACAGAAAUCAGUUCGUCUUCGUUGCAACAGAUGAAAUUUCUUGUAACACCUCUGCAGUUACGGACGAGUUUAUGCUGCCGACCCCUACCACCACACACUUGCUCCAGCCCCCACCUACGGCGUUGGUGCCAUGAAUGCUUUUGCGCCCUUGACUGAUGCCAAGACUAGGAGCCAUGCUGAUGAUGUGGGUCUCGUUCUUUCUUCAUUGCAGGCUAGUAUAUACCGAGGGGGAUACAACCGUUUUGCUCCAUAUUAAAUGACAAAAUCAUUAACAAACAAAUAAAAAACAAACAAACAAACAAACAAAAACAACCUUCCAAUGUGGGGAGAGAGAAAGCUUUCCGAGGCCUGAGUGUUGCAACACAUGCAGUAGGACAUCAUUUUAGCAACUCAAAGAAAACAACUAAAACUAAAAAGAGGAAAAAAUGACAUUUUUUAUCUUAUACCUCAGAUAUUUUGUUCUGUGUAUUUUAAUAUUGUGGGUCUUUGGUUUUGGAGGUUCUUGUAGUUCAGUUGCUGGCUGUAGGAGUAUUUGUGGUUGAUCUAGAGAGAGGCUAGAUACGAAUAAAAACCGAUUUAGGGCCAUAUCCAGAGUGCUAUAUUAUGUAAAUGAAUUAUAUGCUGAACAUGAAGCUACUGGGGUUAAGGUGUUUGGGAAGAGUCUAAGUGACAAGUCAUUCUUUCUGCAUCUAUAUUAUUUUAUUCUGUGAAAAGGGAGGCUGGGAGGGGCUUAGGGGUUUGGGACUGGGGUUUGGCUGAAAGAAAAAAAAGAAUAUAUAAAUAAAUAAAUAUAUAUAUAUAUAUAUAGUAACUGAUGAAUCUAAGUGACUCACUGCACCACCAAUCCUAAAUCUAUGGUUCUAAGUUACUCCUGGCAAAGUUAAGCCAAAGGCUCCGUUAAGAACCCACGUCUCCUGGCGCUGAGGCUGGAGUUGAAGGAGGUUGUGUAACCCUCUUACCAUUCCAUCCGCAGUACUCAGCUUCCUACCUACCCACUAGUUAUUUAAGCAAAGACUACUAGUUAGGCCAUCAAUAAGCAUUCUUUUUAUAUUUCUUCCAGUAUGAGAAAUUAUUGAUAUCACUGCUGACUUUUAUAUUAUGGGAGGGAAAAAUUAACAUUAAUAAAAAGGUGAUAAAAAAGCACUGUUUCUAUUUUUUUCUUUUUUUCCAAAAAAAAGAAAGUACUAAAAACUUAACUUCUUUGUACCAGUUAAAAAUCUGUAUAAAAUUUACAUCUGUGCAGUGGAGUUAUGUUCUAGAAACAGUCUCUGAGGCUUUAGUUUUAGCUUAGUAGAUUAACUGUUAGAGACAGACGUAUAAUUUUUAUGGAAUUACAUGAUAAUCAUAUCUGGAUUUAUAGUCGCAUUUUACAAGUACCGCAAUCAUUGAAUAGAGAUAAUCAUGGUAUUUUCAUCAGCUUGAUACUUUUUGAAAACAUGGCUGCGCUGUGAGCAACUUGCAAUUUUUCAGUCUGUGAGAGCCUGCCCUCCCCUCUCCCCCGUGCCCCAGGGUUAUCUUAAACUGGUAUCUUUACUUCUGUCUCCGAGGCCCAAGAGGAUUGUCAGAAGGAAAGAAAAACAAGACAAAGAACAAAACUAUAAGCUCCCCCGCCCCCCAGAGAGUAGUGUGGGCCCGGCUCCUUUUUGGAUGCCGGGCCAGAGCAACACAGACGAAAAAUUGCAGCUUGUGAUUUUCUUCUGUUGGAAUCCCCCAUGUUGUCCUGUUUACAAGUUAACCUAAGUUGGGGUAUCUGUCAUGGGUCUUCCUGUUUUUGUAUUUCAAUUAUAAAAUAUCAGCAAGCUGUCCCCCUGAGUAGUGUUUCUGCCUGUGUCGCAGUGCAGGCCCCGUGGCACGCACUUUAGUAAGUUAUCAAUUCACGCUGUGAACCUGCCAAUCCGCUGUAACAACUGCUUUAAGAUCAAAACCAAACAAAACUUUAAAAAGAAAAAAAAAAGUGUUUGUGAUCCAGCUUUUCCUAGUCAUCCUACGUGCAUGCCCGUAUGAUCGGUUGGCUAUUAAACCAUCAAUAAAGUUUCAUGAGAUUUGAAAACCAAGUUUCUGUAGCUUCGAUACCUGAGACAGAUGAUCAUGGUUUGGGAGAGAAAGAAAAGGAAAGGGCGAGGAGGGGAAGGGAGAGAAACCGCUGAACACUGAGAAGAGAAAAACCUAGAAAUUGGUCUUUUUUCCCUCCCUUUUGAGUGGGGAGACCGGGCCUGAGGGGAGACUGUCUGGCAGCAUCCCUGAAAAAUUCUCAUUCCCCCACCUGCUACAGUGGGAUGACCACGUGUGCACCUGGUUGUUAUCCGAGGCAACAAUUUAUUCCGAUGCUGUAGCAUUCGACCCCAGAUGGGAUAAAGAUAAUGAGAGAGAAGGGGCUGCAGAGGGUCAGCAGAUAGCUACCUCCCAGUCACCCGCUUUCCAAGCCAGAACCUGCAUUGUGUAUGAAAUCACAAACAUGGGAUUCUUACUGUGCUGACUAAAGUAGAACUCAUUUGCAGUUUUGAUUUUCAUCAAUGAAAUGUACUUUCCCCACAACUGUAUGUAGUUUUAAUAAAAUCAUUUAGAGCAAGUGGGUGCCAACCGAUGCCGCAGAACCUUUUGUCCAGGCACUCCACUGAGCUGCCGAUAAGUCGUUUUAAAAUGUCAUGUCAGAGGUGUAAACAAACAUUUUGGAUUUUUUAAAAAACAGUAUUUAUUUGGAAUGUUUUCAUUUAUCUAAAUAUCUAUUGCUAUUAUGAAUUAUGGAAAAAAGAUUAAUGUGGCAUAUAGUGACUUCUUAACACACAUCACUCAAUCUGCAAACCCAGAAAUGUGUAUAUCUGUCUUUAGAAAUUAGUGUUUAUAUCACUUACAGUGGUUUGUGAAUAAAGAAAACUGGUUUGUAAUAUCAAAAAAUAAAAGCUUAGUCUGAAAAGGUA